AUGUUGGUAUUAGUGACUUUGACGAGUCGAAUUCUUGCCGCAGAAGAGCUUGAUUUCUUCCCGACACGAUGUGAGACUUGUGUUCUGAUGAGCAAAUUGUUUGAUGACUAUGUGAUGAAGAAUAAGCGUUCCGAAGCCUCGAUGAUCGAAGGAAUGGAGAAAGUCUGUCGAGACUUGGCUCAAUACCGUUUACACAAGGACAAAGAUGGUAUUGAUCGUUUCCAAAAGAACGAGUCGGAGACAAUGAAAAAUUUGAAAGAGUUGAGAGAACGGGGAGUGAAGGUUGAAUUGGGAAUGCCGGAUGAGCUUUGGGAUGUCCAAUCGGUGGAGAUUGCUGAGUUGAAGCGACUUUGCGAGACAAUUGUUGAGCAGUAUGAAGAUGCAAUCGAAACAUGGUAUUGGAAAAAAGGAUGGGAUUUUGAGGGCGGUGUUUGCAAGGAGCGAGUUCUUCGUGGCGGUGACAUCUCAUGUAUGGCUGAGCGUGUCGAAAACGAGUUA